AUGGCACAACCAGAGUUAUCAUCUGACCCUCGCACGGCGGCCUCUCCAAUGGCGUACAGCAACCUUCCCGAGGUUACUGGAAACGAUGCGCCCCAGGCUUAUACAAAUGAAGCUCCCGAGGUCGCGCCAAUUGGCCACCAUUAUUACCCCCAAGGCUCUCCAGAGGCUGUUCCACAGACGCUUAGUCCCCAGAACAUCAAGCAGGACUAUCCUCCAGCCUUUUAUCAACAGCAACACGGCGCCACAAGUCCAUACUCGACGUCGCCGGGGCCACAUAACUCUGUGCUUUAUUACCCGCCGCCUUCGGCUGCAGAGCCCGCACCAGGCCACGUACUCCCGGCGGAGAAGCAGAACAAGGGCAACGUGGUUAUCAAGAGGAGGACAUGUAUCAUCCUGGCCAUAGUUCUGACCAUCGUGGUCGUCGGUGCCAUCGUUGGUGGUGCCGUGGGAGGGGUGAUGGCCUCGCGCAAGAACGACACACAGCCAGAAAGGACGGGCACGGGUGGUGAUAACAACGGCAGCAGCAACAACGGGGGUAGCAGCAAUAAUGGGGGAGGAAACAGUACGAGUGGUGGCAACAACGGCAUACAACCGCCCAAAAAUGCAAACGCAAUUGUUAUGGAGCAGUCUGGCAUCAGCGCGGUGAGCUACACAGUCGACGGGACCGACUAUAAGAUGGUGUUUUGGCAGCCUCAGAACAGCCCCGGCGAAAUCAAAUACUCAGCGUGGGACUCCAAGGGUCAGAAAUGGGAGGUUGUGGACCUCAAGAGCAGGCUAAAGGGCUCUGCAAAGAUUGAGGCCACGCCAGGGACGGCCAUCGCGACUGCCGUACGACCCGGGGAUGCAAAAAACGGCGGCGGCAGUUUCACAUUGUCCAUUGUGUAUAACAGCCCAUCCGGCUCUGUCCAGGAGUUGGCAACGACGGACGUCAAGGGCGACAGCUGGGAAAAGACGACGUACACGAUACAAGCCGGGCCUCGUGCUCAGCUCGCCGCUCGAUGGGACGUCUGCCCGAAUAAAAAGUGUACCGACACGCUGCUUGUGGCGUACGAGAACGUGAACAAGCAGGUCCGGCUUCAUUACCCACAUGUCGUGGAGCUGGAUAGCCAAAAGCACUAUGACGUGACUGAUAGCAUUACGACGGGCAGUGGUAUCGCCCUGGCGGCACUUGCAUUCACCAACGUCACCAACGAGGCCGCUAGCACAAAAUUAUAUUAUCAAAGUGCCAAGUCACUGACCGAGAGAACUCGCAACCCGGCCUGGACGUGGCAAGGUCCCAAGACUUCCCUUCUACCCUCAGACAUGCCCAUUGACGAUCCACCCCUGACAUACGCGACAUCGUUCGAGAAAGAAGGUAUGGGGCUUCUCUACCUCGCCAUCGUACAGAGGUACCCGGCAAAUGGCCGUCUCACCUUGACGCAUUGGAACGAUGCACAGUGGUUAGCUAGAUUUCCGAGGUCUUCAAGAGCGGUCCCCGGUGUCAGUCUCGAUUCUGGGACUUCUGCCGUCUCCCUGUCGAUGGAUCUGAAGGUCUACGUCGUGCCCGAAAAGUGCGAGUCUAUACACAUAUUCGAUAUCAACAAGGAUGACCCUGGCACAUGGACUCCUGCAGGCGAGGUUACGAUCAAAUAG